UAUUGUGCUUAUAAGUGCUUAUAUGAGAUAAUAGAGAUAAUUUAAUGGACAUUUGUGUUCACAUCAGUUUACAUGGUUCAUUCGCCCAUUCAAAUAGCCGCCAGAUUAUGGCAUGGUAUACCGAGAAGUUUAUUAAAGAUGGGUCCGCUCGAAAGUGCUAAGAAAAUUGCGGCUUACAAAGCUGUGAACGAAUAUGUCCAGAAUAAUACUGUGGUCGGAAUCGGUAGCGGAUCUACUGUAGUUUAUGCCGUUCAUAGACUUGCUGAACGUGUCAAAGAAGAAGGACUCAAUGUAGUCUGUAUUCCUACAUCAUUUCAAGCUCGUCAACUUAUAUUAGAUAAUCAUCUAACUUUAGGUGACUUGGAAACUUAUCCAAAGGUAGACUGUGCAAUCGAUGGAGCAGAUGAAGUUGAUGCCGAAUUGAAUCUCAUCAAAGGUGGUGGAGCAUGUUUAUUGCAAGAAAAGAUUGUUGCUUCUUGUGCUCAACAGUUUCUUGUCAUAGCAGACUAUACAAAAAAUUCACAAAAAUUUGGCGAGCAGUAUAAAAAAGGAAUUCCUAUUGAAGUAGUUCCUAUGGCAUAUGUGCCGAUUCAGCAGAGAAUUGAAAGAAUAUAUGGAGGGACUGCAAAAAUUAGAAUGGCUCUGGCCAAAGCUGGUCCAGUAAUAACUGAUAAUGGUAAUUUUAUUUUGGACUGGCACUUUCCGCAAGAUUUAACUAAUUGGAAUAAAAUUAAUGAGGAAAUAUUGCUAAUACCUGGAGUUGUAGAAACUGGUCUAUUUAUAAAUAUGGCUGAAAAAGCUUUUUUUGGUAUGCCAGAUGGUAGUGUAAAGGAACAAAGUUUAAAUAUUCAAAAGACUUAAUACAUAUCAGUGUGCAAAUUACAUUUUCUAUCAUUGGGAAAUAAUAUAUCUACAUAUAUCAAAUAUAAAGAAUCUUAUAGAUAA